AUGGAAAAAGUGUCUGAAAUGAAAGAUAACGAACAAAAGGAUCAACACAUAUGGCUUGUGGCGAAUGACUCGUGUAUUAAUGGAAUCAUAGAACCGGGAGGAGAGAACUGCCGCUAUAUCUUCCAUAUGGACACCAAUACUGACACUAACAUUGACUUCAAUACUAAACCCUAUUCUGAUAUAUUGGCCAACGAUUUGGUCGCGAAUGUUAUCAAAGGGGGAAAACUGGGAACUUAUAGACACUUAAAACUUCCCAAAGAUUGCGAUAAAGUUGUUUCAAACGAGUAUUUUUUAAUCGCAAACGAUGUCUCAUAUGAUCUCAAUAAUAAUAAAUUGACUCAAUUGCCGGUUCAUAUAUACAGCUCUGGCCUCACGUUUCAUGACGUUAUGGUCGCUACAGGUCGUAUUCCCAGCGGAUCUCAAUUGUUAUUUACUGAUUGUCUGAUCGGAUGUGAGUUUGCGGGCCGUCGUGUGGACACUGGGCAACGGGUGAUGGGUUUUGAAAUGAGCCGCUGUUUCGCCACAUCUAUCAAUGCGGCCGAACAUCUCAUGACUCACAUACCGGAGCACUGGUCUAUGGAUGAGGCCGUAUCCGUUCUGAGCACACAUAGCACCGCCUGGUAUGCGCUCAUCGAAAGGGCUAAUCUCAAGAAAAAUGAAAGUAUUUUAAUACAUUCGGGCGCCGGAGGUGUGGGACAGUCGGCGAUAAUCAUCUGUCAGUACUAUAACUGCGAUAUCUAUGUAACGGUUGGGACGGAAGAGAAGAAACAGUUUUUGAUGAAUGAAUACAAUAUACCGGAGAAGAAGAUAUUCAGCUCAAGAGAUGUCACUUUUAAAUACAAGAUCAAAGAGUUGACAGACGGUCGCGGCGUUGAUAUUGUGCUAAACUCAUUGGCCGGGGAUUUACUUGAAGCCAGUUAUGCCUGUGUGGCCAAUAGGGGGCGAUUCCUGGAGUUAGGCAAAUAUGAUUUGAUCCAAAACAAGAAGUUAGGAAUGUUUGACUUCUUGAGGGACGUGGCGUUCAUUGGCGUCGCCGUCGAUAUAUGUUUUGUCGAGACAACAGACUUUGCCAUCAAUUUCUUUGAAUGGAUGCAUAGGAACAGUGGGACGGGUUGUGUCCGACCAAUCAAUACAACUGUGUUUAGAGCCACCGAAGCGGAGAAAGCCUUCCGAUAUAUGACGACCGGUAAACACAUCGGAAAAAUAGUGAUUAAGAUUAGAGAUGAAGAAUGCGAUAGAAAUCGUUUGCCCAAUGAUUUGAAACCAGCCAUCAAUUUGUUGACCACUUAUAAGACAUAUUUUAAUCCAAAUAAAAUGUAUGUAAUUACUGGUGGUUUGGGAGGAUUUGGUCUCGAAUUAGUUCACUGGAUGUCAUAUAUGGGCGCAAAGAAGUUUGCGCUGACGUCGAGGACCGGCAUUACCACCGAUUAUCAGAAGUUUAUUAUCAAUCGAUUACUAGAAUUUGGUGAACAAUAUAAGGUGUUUGGCAUCAAAAUAAUGAUCUCAACCGCCGAUUGCCAGACACUGGAGGGCGCGACACAAUUAAUCGAAGAAACGGCCGCUUUUGGACCCAUUGGAGGGAUAUUUCAUUUGGCACUCGUAUUGAAUGAUUGUCUUAUUGAAAAUCAAACAGAAGACAAGUUUUGCGAAUCCAUUGACACAAAGCACAAGAUCUUCGCAAAUUUGGAUCAAUUGAGUCGACAAUUGGACUAUAAAUUGGAUUAUUUUGUUGUGUUUUCGUCCAUCACUUGUGGUAAAGGAAACGCCGGGCAAUCAAACUAUGCUUUCGGAAACUCCAUGUGUGAGCGUAUAUGUGAAGAGAGACGUAGGGAUGGUCUGCACGGACUCGCCGUACAGUACGGACCCGUCGGUGAUGUCGGAGUGUUUGCUGAUUCUGAUCAACAAAUGUUGUCAUUUACUACUAUACAAACCCAGCGAAUCAACUCGUGUUGCGAUGUUUUGGACAAAUUAUUGGCAAUUAAACAGCCAAUUGUCACAUCAUAUGUUCGGGCAAAACAUAGCAAACAAAGCGGCACUAAAUCCAAACGCAUAGUGAAAGAGCUGUGGCGAGCGUUAGGUAUAGACCCGGACACUACACCCGAGCACUUGACUCUCGGCGAGAUUGGCAUAGAGUCUAUGUUUGCGGUUGAGUUACAGCAGGAGUUGUAUCGGGAGUACAACGUUAAGCUCAGCAUUAAUCACAUCAAAAGCAUUACCGUUAAAAUGCUUAAGGACUACGAGAGAGGCAGCGAAGAGCAGAUCCGCAAACACUUGGAUGAGGUGAAGGCCGCCCGACAGUCGCUGUUGCGCUAUAAGUUUGUAAUACCCAACGAAACUCACGUCCGUUUGAAUGCCGUCCGCAACGGGAGACGAGCCGUGUAUUUGAUGCCAACACUUCAGGCGGACUUUACGCUGUUUGAGACAAUUGCCAAAAAGUUGGACCGUCCGGUCAUUGGCCUCAAUUGGACCCGCGAUGUGAGCCAACUGUCGACCACGAAAGAGGUCUGCAAAUACUAUGUGGAAUUGAUGGGUCGAUUGGAGCCGUCGGGCGGUUACGAUGUGUUGGGCUAUUUGGACGGCGCACUCGUCUGCACAAAACUAUUGCGCAAAGGAUUGGCUGAUAAGGCGGUGAUCGUAGACGUGAUGUCAGGCCUGAGUGUCGCCGACGAACCGCUGAACGACGAGAACAUCAGUGAUUUAAUGUUGUUAUUUAUUGGCCGCGAACUGCCCUCAGCUGUGAGGGAUCGGUUGGUUCGGGAGGUGAAAGCGGAGCCCGAUUUGAACGCUAAGAUUAAACGGAUUAGCGAUGAGAUUAAGGAUUUUGCGGGAAAGGGUUUAAUUGCCACUGAUUUGGAGGAAUUGCUGCACAUUAUGGUUAAGAGGAUACAAAUGUUGUCCGAUUAUCGGGUGUCCAAAAGGCGAAAGCUAACUGAUGUGUGGAAAAUGAAACUUGGUAAAAAGUUUGCCAUGCUCACCGGACGUUUGAUUAUGAUCAAACCGUUUGAAAAUAAAUCCAUGGACGAAUUGCGGGAACUUGUUGAUAAAACACGCGAUAUCUACUUAUUACCUAGCUCGCAAGAGACAAAUGAGAACAUUACCGUUGAUUGUGUGAACACAACUGACUGCCUGUCCAUCACAUCAGUUGCCAUUGAAGAGAAAAUACUGGAAGUGUUGGGGAACUAA